UGGCAGCACUGGUCUGUACUUUGCAGUGUUUAGUAACAGUAGUAGCCUAGUAAACUUCAAGAUGGAUGGAGUUAUAGAUGAAGUGUUGGCGCAAUCCAAUGGAAGUGUUGACGAAAAUGCAAAUGUCACAUCAACGAGAGUCCCUUCAACCCCUGAAGGAAUGGCUCUUGCAUAUGGCAGUCUUAUAAUCAUGGCAAUAUUGCCUAUUUUUUUCGGUAGCUAUCGAUCUGUAAAGCACCAUAAGGAACAAAAGAAAGCAUUUGAAGCUGGUGGUGAAAAACCAGAGACGAUGUCACAAAAAGAUGCGGCUAUGUUUCCUUUAAUUUCCAGCGUUGCACUUUUUGGACUAUAUAUUUUUUUCCAAAUAUUUUCCAAAGAGUACAUUAAUCUCUUAUUAACAGGGUAUUUUUUCUUUCUUGGAAUAUUGGCUCUAUGUCAUCUAACCAGCCCAAUAAUCUCGUCUCUGGUACCAGCCGCAAUACCAAAAACCCAGUAUCAUAUUCAAUUUACUGAAGGUGAAGGAGAUAAACUUGAGAGCAUUAUUGACUACAAAUUUAAUCUCCAUGACAUUGUAUGUCUAAUCUGCUGUUCUAUGAUUGGAGCGUGGUACUUAUUUCAAAAACACUGGAUUGCAAACAAUCUCUUCGGUAUAGCAUUUGCUAUUAAUGCAGUAGAACUAUUACACCUCAAUAAUAUUGUGACUGGAUGUAUUCUUCUUGGGGGUCUUUUUGUAUAUGACAUUUUUUGGGUGUUUGGCACAAACGUCAUGGUAACUGUGGCAAAAUCCUUCGAAGCCCCUAUUAAACUUGUAUUUCCACAAGAUAUGUUAGAACAAGGAUUCAGUGCUAAAAAUUUUGCCAUGUUAGGCUUAGGUGAUAUUGUUGUCCCGGGUAUUUUUAUCGCACUACUGCUCAGAUUUGACCAUAGUUUAAGUCGAAGAUCUAACACAUAUUUCUACUCGACAUUCUUUGCAUAUUUUAUGGGAUUACUCACAACAAUGUUAAUCAUGCAUUUAUUCAAUCACGCACAACCUGCGCUUCUAUAUUUGGUACCUGCGUGUUUAGGAACUCCUUUAUUGGUGGCAUUGAUUAAAGGAGAUAUAAAAACACUUUUUCUGUAUGAAGAUCAUCCAUCUAAUGCAUCAAAUGAUAAAGAAAUUGUAACACAACCAAUCGAGAGCUCGAAUUUACUAGAUAAAUCGAAAAGAAAAGGAAAAAAUACCGUUAAGACAUCUGAAGAAAACGAUAAUCAAAUUUAUAUGAAAAAAGAUCAAUAAAUAUUUAGUAUAUUCAAUUUGUAAAAAAAUCUAUUUCGAGAAUUAGGUAAAAAUUUGUUUCGUUAGUUUUUUUUUUAUGCGCAACCAGAGCAAAAUCAUUCCCAAUUUAAUUAAUGUAUUAAUAUGUUUGAUUUCACAUGAAUAUUUUUGCUUUUUUUUUUUGGCUUGUGAAAAACUAGUCAUUAAUCGUCGUGAUUAAUAAAAACAAAAAAAUCGAUUCAUGUGCUAAAAUCACCAGGUUUUUUCGAUUGUAAUUCUUUUAUAUUUAAAAAUAUUUUUUAUAAAGUGACAAUUAAUUGCGCGCCAUAAGUCAAACAUCUUUUUUUUCUUGAAUAAAAAAAAAUAAUUAAUUUUUCAUUUACACCAACAAUAAUUACUGUAAUACAACAGUUUUUAAUAUUUUCGUAACUUUUCAUUAAUAAAUUAUGUUAUUAAAUUGAUGUAUUUAUGAAGCUACUAUAAAAAAAAAUUUUAAUAUUUAAAAAAUUGACAAGGUAAAUGUCCCAAUUAUUAAAACAAAAAAAUAUAUAAAAACAUUAUAAUUUAUUUAUUUUAUUAAAUAUUAAUUAAAUAAUAAAUAAAUUUUCCAUUUCAACGAUGAAAUUAUUAACCCUUCGUCACACGCGCUAUGAGCGUGGCGCCGUACUUUUUACAUUUUCAUAGUUUUUUAUGGUUUUUACCAAAGAAAAACAUUUCAAAAAAUUUUAAUGCUCUUUUUGAACCUUCUAGAAGAGAUGAAUAUUAAUGAAUAAGAAUGAUUAAUAAUAGUUAUACAGUUGUCUUAGAAAUUUCAUAACUAUAUAUUUUUGAGGAGCGUCUCGCGAAUGCGGCGCCACCCGUCCGGCGCGUGUAAGCGCUAGAUCGCAAUUCAAAUCGCGCUGUUGCCAAGUCGUGUUCCUGCUCUUGAUAUACAGCUGUAAACAAAGUAACCUAACCCAUAAUUGUUAGCUAGUUAUUAUUAAAAAAGGUUGGUAUUAAAAAAUAUUUAUUUAAAUUUUUAUAUUAUAAUAAUAAUUUUUUAAUUAUAUAAUUAUAGAAGUUAAAUAAAUAAUAUUUUCCAAUUUGUAACAUUAAUAAAGUAUGUAAUUAUCUGUA